AUGGCCUCCUUCUCCUGCAGACCUGCGCUGAAUACCGCCUCCUGCUGUCCAACACAUUCUUCCGCCUGCCAAUGGGAAAAAAAGGCCAUCUGGAUGCACCCCCGAUCGCGGAGUUGUUCUCCUUCGGAGGAGCGAUCGACAGGACCUGCUGAUGAUCAAGGCUAUCUGCGACGCAGGUGGCUAGACCGACCACCGCAAUGUCAUCUCCAAUAUGUGUCUCCGAUUGAGACAUCACAGGUAAGCGAGCACCAGGUACGCUGGAUACUGUUCUGUUGAAUUUGUCGUCUCACCACGUCGAUUUCAACAUUCACAUGACCCAGCACCUGCAACACCUGCAAACUCGAGAUGCCGACAUCACCAUGGAGACACCGUGGUAUCAACUGAGAAAAUUUAUCCAACGCCCUACAUGUUUCCGGACGCGCACGGCACCAACACAAGGACUGGUUCGACGACAAUGACGCAGAUCUCAGCAAACUACUCGCAGAACAACAGACUGCACAAUGUCUACAUCGACCGACUGAACGACGCAAGCAAGGCGGUCUUUUUUCCGGUGUCGACACCUUGUGCGGGAAUGACUGCGAGAAACAGAGGAUGCCGGGAUGGCUCGUAAAACCAAAGAAAUCCAGGGGUGCGCCGACCUUGAUAAAGCGAAGAAAAUCUACCUUUCAAACAAGACCAUCUAAAGCUCCACAGUCAAAGGAGCCACUGCACUUUUCAGCUCCGACGGAAUAACAUUCCUCACCGGUAAAUAACAGAUUAUGUCCAGCACUGCCGAGUGUUUUAGAAGUCUCCCCAACUGCCCAUUCGUAAUAUCCGACGCCGCCUCCGAUCUGCUCCUUUAAGUGGAAACGAACGACGACCUGGACUUAUUGCGCUCCCGUGCAACAACUCCCCAGUGGAAAAACACCGGGAUCCGACAUGACCCCGGUUGAAUUCAACAAACUCGGCGACCCCUGUCUGAGAAAAAAACUUUGAAUGCUUUUUCAGGAUAUGUGGCCUCGAGGACAAGUUCGUCAGACCUUCACGGGUGCGACAACCGUCCAUCCUUACGGGCAAGACCGCCGACGUGACAUUUUCCGUCCGCCAGCUGCAAGAGAAAUGGAAGAAAGUGCGAACCCACCUCCGGUCUACGUUCGCGAACCUUGACACAGUAACCGCGAUGGACUCUGGAAAAUUAUGCAGAUAUGCGGCUGUACUUCACGAUUUGUGCAUAUGGUGCGUCAGCUCCAUGAGGGUAUGAUGGCUAACAGCCCGGACAAUGGAACCUUCACAGAAGCAUUUAAAAUGACCAGCAGAGCGAAACAAGUCUGCCCAAGACCACCACUAGCGCACCACAACGGCAACCGACUUGACAUCUUCCAACCUAUCCUGUCUACAGUGUCACUGCACAUUCGUCUCACGCAUCAGCCUGAUCGGCCACUCGCGAAAUCGUCGCUCAUCAACUGACUAACCAGUGUCUUAAGUCCCCGCAUACACUUUCCGCGCCCGCCUUUACUGUUCACGCACAGUCACUCACAUCAUCGGUCUCUUAGGUCAUGAUGGUUUUUAUGAAAAUCAAUGGCAAGUCACCGCAGACAUGACCACGUCAUCACCUAUUCCCCCAUCGCCGCAUACACCACACUAGAACAUCUCCAACACCACAUAGCACCGGCACUCCCCACGCAAUUGAGAUGCGUGCAAUUCGGCUUCCAAACUCUCCAUCCCCUUGUGUGUGUAUGAAAUCGUGGUGUGCAUGGGGGCCAGGUCGCGUUGCAGCACGCGAUGACGAGCUGUUAUCAACCCUGUCAGCCGCCUCUCCCAGUCUCAACUUCAGUUAUUUCAUUGGUUCGCACGGUCGACUUAUGCGUGCGAUAGGUAGAGAGAAUGAGAUCGACGAUCUCAUAGCAUAUUCAUAACUAUAAACAGUUUGGCGAGCUCGAAUCUAUCAGGGUGCGUUAAAGGCUGUGGAUUGAGUGGUUGCCAAAUGACGCUCUAACUCAGACCACGCAGUCAGCGCAAAUAUUUCUUUGUCUGUGCGGAGUGUCGGACUAGGAUGGCUCCUGCCUAAUAAUGCAGUCUCACACAUGUGAGCUUCGAACCGCCCCCCACCCUUAUGUGUGCAGUCCUGGUAUGCAUGUUUGAAGGUCCAGGUCGUGCACGUGGUGCGCGAAGACGUUUUCUAACCCUGUCAGAUACUGCACCCAAUCGCCGUAUCAGACAACUGACCGGUUUGCACAGUGGACCGGUGCCUGAUAUUUAGAAGAGAGAGAGAGAGUGGAUCGAAAGACUCAACACAUAGUCCUCACUAUAAAAAUCUGGCGUGCUUAAAUCUAUCGUUAUGCACUGAAGGUCAUGGCUUGGCAGACUGCCUACUGAUUGGAUAACUCGGACCUCGGAGUCAGCCCAGUGGGUGUUAGUGUGGAGUGGCCAACUGGUGGACUGAGGGCCAGACUUUCAUGACUCAUUUUUAAUGUGGCCUCUAUGGCACUCCCACCCAGUGGGAUCUGAGUUGCUCAUUCUCCUUUUCUUAUGUAAAAUCUUGUUCAGUGUACGUCGUGGACCAGGAGGCGGGCUGACACUCCCCGGUGCGACUUUUCGUCGUGCUAGCCGCCUGCACCACUAUCCGUCUUCAGUCUUCUUGACUCUGUCGUGACAUCAGGACUGGGUGUGAAAGGAGUGUGUGCGUCUGACGCUGCGCAAGUCUACUAUCAUUGUAAACGAAUUUACCCACAACUCACUGUCUCUGCCCUCAUCUAUCUGCGGAGAACACAGUGAGCGUCGUCGGUCACAACGGCCGAACUGACGGUAUUACUUCGUAUAGUUGAUUACUUAAAACUAUGAAACCGCUACCUAUCACGUGAAAUGGGUUGCCGAGUUGUCCACACCGCAGUAAUUUGAACGGUCCCACCAGCCGGAGCUGCUGAUCAUUUAUUCGCCUACUAACGCUAGUACUGUGUUUAUUCUAGAGCAAGAAAAUGUGUUCCGGAAAUCAAUUUCCUCAUAACUUGAAGUUUCGGUAUCAUGUCAGGGCACAUCAUUAGAGUAAAACAUUGUUUUCGGGUGGCGUAUCAUUUACAGCAGCUAGUUUUAUAACUGGAAAUUGACAUACUCUGUAAUGCAGUAGAUUGUGUCCCACCCUACUUAAAAUUCUUGCUUCCCGCCUCUUCACAUUUACGGCUUUAUCAAACAUAUACAAGGGAUAAGUACUGACGGUCUUCAGGUUCCAUAAACGCCUCCUUCGAUUUGAGAUGGCAUCACUCAAAAUCUGAAUCGAUUAAGAUGAAACCUUUAAGUUAUGCGAUUACCUUUACCUUCAGAGCUAAAGUCGGUGCCACAUUCAAAGUACACUCUUGAUAUGCGCCCGCUUGUUACAGACUGUCAUGUAGGUACGUGAAUGCGGGUAGAAUUUACGAUGAUUCGAUGCACUUUUGGUAUGUUGUUGGCAUUAGACCGGGCCCGAUCACGCGUAAAUUUAGCACAAAAUGUUAACUUUUCAAAAAAAGAACUCUUUAUUUAUCAAAAGGUAGGCUGUUUUGGUGUCAAAUCAGCUAGUUUUCUGAAUUUCCCAGUUUGUAUCAGAACACGAGUCAGCAAUAUGUGCGGGUGGGUGGGUGGACGAUAUUUUUAUGACUAUGCACCCCAGUGGGGUUCGCAGUAAUAGUCCAUUUGUCCGUUGAGGUCCGGUAUGAAGUCCUUUAGGGAAACACAGAACAAGGAGGCCAGUUAAUGCGCAAGAAGUAGCUCUGCCAUUAUUUAUGUCAGCCUCGGUCGGUCAGACAGUAAACACUUGAGAUUUUAGGUCUUUUUUGUCUGCUCACUCAUCGACGAACUCUAUCAGUUGAACUGUGGCCCUGACGUCUGUUAGCUGACCCUGGAAGUGUUUGACGUCAGCUUUGAACGGUGUUCAUGCACGUGUCUUGCUUGCAGCAGUAGCGGGGGUCAGAUUUGCCGAGCAACGUGGGGGGGAGGGGAGUUAGCAUUCACAGUUCACUGUGCUGUGGAUUUCGAGUAUAAAGCCUUUGCAAGCGAUCGCACACAGAGAAGGACAAGCAGUGACUGAAAUGUAUUACUACCGUUCGCGCCUUAUUUGGCGUACUCAGUUAGCCAUUCCGCAAGCACCAACCGGAAAAACCUGAAAGUUCAAGUCCCAUCGAGUUGGCCACCCAAAUUAUCGCCCUAGAGCUUGAAACAUAGACUUUCUGUCUUUUGAUUUGCUAUGCAUUCCCACUCUGACAAACUAAACCCCCGGGAAAUCCGUCAACUGGACUACAUCUGUAGUGCACAGGCAUAAUGGCGACGUCGCGCCUCUCGCUUGCGCCUGCACCUACGUCCUAGCGACAGCCUGCUAUGGCACGCACGUCUGCCCGGCUUCGAUUUGUCUCGUUACAAUUCACUGUCUGCAACACGCAUUCGGUCGAUUCUCCGCAUGCACCAUACGAGGCUUGUCACUACCCUCGCAUGGUCUCGGAUCCAAUCAACGCAACCCCUCUUGCUGAUUGGGUAAGACGAGCAGGACCAGGCCAGAACAAUAACGUAAACAAUCUGCAACGACACUUUUGCAGCGGCGACCUUCGGCGACAUACGGCUCGUCGCUCUCGCGGACGCCGCCUCUGCGGCGCCGGACGCAUCCUAGUCCAGUUGCUAACUUUUCUUCACCAUUCUGUACAGAAUAAAUAAAUCAUCUUCUCUCAUACUGGCGUACUGCUUCUAGCAACUUGGGAUAUGGCCUGAAGUUGUGGCGUACUGAGCGUACACCACCAUCGCUUAGCCGCCACAUUGACGGGUCACGGAAUGAGGUGGCUGACGCACUGUCCAGGCCCUCCAUCGUACAUCUCCAACAUCCUCCCGGGAUCGACCUAGCUGAGAUGGCCGCUGAACAGCGCUGUGUCGGUUAACCCUGUGAUGAAGAUGUUUCCGGACUUCAACUCUAGGACCUGCUACUGACAACAGGCAACGGCACCAUUUCAUGCGACGGCUCCACUCCUUCCCACCCUUGACACCAUCCCUCCGCCGUAAAGUUUUUUCCUCCCUGCACGAUCUCUCAGCCUGGGAGUCGAGCAAACGACAAGCUGGCUUCCGACCGCUUCGUCUGGCCUGGGAUGCACAAAAACCUCAAAGCAUGGACACGGACUUGUAUCCCCUGUCAACGUAGUAAGAUCCAGCGGCACAACAAGGCCCCCAUUUGCACCUUCCCCGACCCUGGUUCAAGGUUCGGCCACGUUCGCCUGGACAUUGUGGGCCUCCUGCCUCUGUCCAAUGGUUGUUCCUAUCUUCUUACCUGUGUGGAUCGGUUCUCUCGAUGGCUUGAAGCGAUUCCCCUGCCUGACAUUGCUGCUCAAACGGUGGUCAAGACUUUUCUCUGUCGUUGGGUUGCUAUCUUUGGUGCACCCUCCAAAAUCACGACUGACCGUGGUGCCCAUUUCGAGUCUAACCUCUUCCAGUCUUUACUCUCUUUUUUAAGCUGCACCCGAAUCCGGACAACAGCCUAUCACCCGGCUGCCAACGGGAUGGUCGAGCGGUUUCACCGCCAGCUGAAGAACUGGAGAACUGGACGGACCACCAUUCCCUGGUCCUCUUGGGCGUCCGCUCCGCUCUCAAGCCGGACCUUAACUGUUCCGCAGCUGAAGUGGUGUUCGGCGCCACCGUCCGACUCCCCGGUGAGAUGAUCUGGCCAACCCCGCGAGGUGCAGUUGAGGAUCCUAACAACCUCCUGCAUCGCCUCCGGCAGUUAAUGUGGAAACUUUCUCCGGUUCCUUCCAGGUCUUCCGCCUCUCCGUCUUAUCUCGAGAAGGACUUGGCAACAUGCUCUCACGUCUACCUUCGAUGUGAUUGA